AUGGAUCCCGCAUCUCUGAGCUUGUUGCAAUCCGCUGUGCACGACGAGGAGCAACGAGAUUUGGCAAUGGGAGAACCUUCCGGAGCCCAAUUAUCGCAACCACAAUCUCCCGGUGCUAAGUCGAAAAAGAGGAAGUCAUUAGAUGGAGCAGAAACCGCAGUUCCCGAAAAGAAAAAACGUUCUUCAAUCGCAUGUACAAAUUGUAGAAGUCGAAAAGUACGGUGUGAUGUGGAGCGUAGUGAGCGCGUCAAUGACGCUGGGGAAAGAGUAUGUAACAACUGUGCAAUUGAUGGAAUACAAUGCUUAGUCCCUGGAAGUAAAAGGAGAAGAACCAAACGAGGCAGUAGCGAUAUCGCCGCCGAAGCAGUUCCCCUCCAAGCCUACACGGACAAUAUUGUAUAUUCCCAACAAGCUUCAAAUAAUGAGAUAAGACGGGCAUCCAGGCCCAGCGUUACGUCCCAAUCCCAGCAUUCACAUGAGCAUGUGCCUCAUUCAAUCUACCAGUCAGCCCUUCAUUCAAAGGAAAGCGAUGAUAUUGAUGGGCAAAGGCUGGCACAGCUUGCGCAUCGAGCUUCUAUUACUGGCGAUUUAGUUCGCACACGCCUGGCAUCCUCCCCACCUCCUUCUUUGAAACAUUCACUUCCGGCAUAUAUCAACCCCCUUCCUUCGAAAAUGACCUCUGUCGACAUAGACUAUUUGUGGGCGAAAAGCGCAUUACUUAUUCCCGAACCUCCGCUACGAAACGCUCUACUUCAAGCUUUCAUCGAAUACAUUUAUCCAUAUAUGCCACUUCUAGAAUUACACAAAGUUUUACAGAUAAUCAAUGACGAAGGGGCGUCUGGCGCAAUGAGUCUCUUGCUUUUCCAAUCAAUAAUGUUCUCUGGGACAGCCUUUGUGGAUAUGGAAAGCUUGAGGCGCGCUGGGCAUCGUACAAGGAAAGCAGCGAGGAAAGCAUUUUUCCAGCGGGCCAGAGUUCUGUAUGAUCUAGACUACGAAAAUGACAUGCUAACUGUAGUGCAAUCUCUCCUUCUCAUGACAUACUGGUAUGAAACGCCCGAAGAUCACAAAGACACUUGGCAUUGGAUGGGCAGAGCGAUUGAUCAUGCAUACACGCUUGCGUUGCAUCGGGAUCCGAAAGGAAUGGAUGCUGAUCAUAAGCUAAGAAAACGGGUAUGGUGGUCAUGUUUUAUGAGAGACCGACUCAUCGCGCUGGGAAUGAGACGUCCGACUAGGGUUAAGGAUGAAGAUUGUGACGUACCAAUGCUGGUUGAAGGUGAUUUCGAGAUCAAGGCACUCGAUCCACGGAUUUCAAUAAUUUCGCCGAAAUGUUCUUUGAUAAGAGAUGUUGAGGCUCAACGAGAGUUGGCUCUCAUGUGCAUCUCGAAAGCUGAAUUGUGUUUAUGUAUCAGCCAAAUCUUGGUGGCUCAAUACUCGGUCCUCGGAAGACAUCAAAGUGCUUCCAGCCAAUCUGAAAAUACUACGUCACAGAUUAUGCUGUUUCCCAAGAAGUCGGCGUCGUCAGAAGAGGUCGAGCAAUGCGAUUUGGCACUCGAUUUAUGGAAGAAAAAUCUUCCUCAAGCAUGCGUCUACUCGAAUCAGUUGAGAAAAGGGAACAGUGGGCAACCAUUGUUUGUGGCAUGUGCAUUGUUACAUAUGAUAUAUUUCACUGCGACAUCUGCCUUGCACAGACCACGAGUUUUACCUGCAGGACCAAAUCAACCGGAACCACAAACGCUUUUCGCGCUUUCACGUGAAGUGGUGACUAACGCUGCUAUUGGGACUACGAACAUUGUUCAUGAUAUGCAUAAUUACGAUCUGGAGAAGUACCUUCCCACCACGGGCGUGACAGCUCUACUUCCAGCCAUCAUUAUUCAUCUAUUGUUGGUCAGGUCUCCACAGGAGAAUGAGAGGCAGCCUGCUCUGGAAGGCUUUUGUCUAUGUAUGACUGUUCUUGAGAGUUUGCGCGAUAAUUACUCGUCAGCAGAUUACGCUACUCAAUUCUUAGAGGCAGCCGUUCGAAAAGCAGGCAUGGAGGAGAUCAUAGGCCGUGCUAGAGAGACGGCAAGACGUGAAGAUGCUAAGCGCAAAGCGGCUUUGGCAUAUGAGAGAAAGCGAGCACAGCUGGAACGUGCACAGCGGUCUAUGGAUGAAAGAAUCACACCACCAGUGGACACUCAAUUAAAUGGUUUCGAGUCUUUGGGCACCCUCGUUGAUAGUUCAUCUGCGAUAUACAAUGGCCACUUUGCUCAUUCGCCUCCAGAUAGUGACGCUGUUCUUGGUGGAACAGGUUCGAAGGUUUCCCAUGAUCCGAAUGAUAUGUUUGAAUUCUUGGACAUCAACUAUAAUGAUGGUGGUGAAUCGGGAGGAUUUUAUGAUAUGGAUCUAUUCAGUAGAGAGAUUCCGGGAUUUGGUAGCAGAAUGCCUAGUCCUCAACCUGGGGAUAAUCUUACGCUGUUUGAUCAACCUUACAUGGAUGUUCUGGGUAUUUAA